CAAUUUUUUGGGUUUUUUAAUUUAAUUAUAGAAAAAAUGGAAUCUAAGACGAUGAAGAUUAUAAUUUUUCUUAUGGUUUUUGUUUUUGCAAUGACUUGGUCUCCUUCGAGUGCUCAACCAACGGAUCCGGAGGGGUGUUUUAAGGCGUUUAAAAGCACAUCAAGAGGAUGUCUCGAAAGCAUAAAAGGAAUUUUACAUGGACAUGUCCAUGGGAUCAAGAAAGAAUGUUGUGAAACCGUUAGUAUAGUUUCUGAUAUGUGUUGGCCAAUAAUUUUCCCAAGCAUGCCUUACAUUCGUUUUGUAUUAAAGGGUAUUUGUACUAUUAAAUACUCUUUGCAUUGAGGCAUUUGAGGAUUCGUUAUGUUUAAUAAGUGAGAAUAAAAGACCAUCUAUGAUAAUAAAAUAUGAACA